GCAAACACACGGGUAUUCCACAUUACGCAGAGCAUUGAGCAAUUUCCAAAACUCACACUACGGCAACGACGCGUUUCACGGCUUGCCGCUCAAGCAAAAUCAAUCAAUUUAAAAGACGCGUGUUCCAGCAAAAGUUCUAACGCCAUUAUCGACGAUCAUUUAGCAUUAGCAAUUAGCAAUGUCUUAUGAAUUAAAAUACACAUUCUUAGUAUUCGUUAAUGUAUUGUGUUUGAAUUACAUCACCUACGGCGUGGCAUAUCCCUGGCAAGCCGACCACGAAGGCUACGAUGCCAGCCUCGAUCCAGUGAUAUGGUCGCGCGCAUUCGUUAAGGAUUACAUACGAAGACCACGGCAAUUUACUGCACUCCCUUCGGCGGUGGACGAAGCUAAUGAAAUUCAAUUAAUUAAAAGAUUUGAUGAAUUUCAACAGCGUUUCGUCGAUACAAAUCGUGCUGCAAGUGAUAUUUUGCGCGAUGAGUCGCACAGGCGUACAGAAGCUGGUUUGGGCAGACGCAGAUCUGGCGCAGUGCAAGUGGACACUGAUGAUUGGAGCACAGCUGCGAUUGCCGAACGCAGGUCAAGCAGCAAAAGAAAAUCUAGCUUAAAUCGCUCGAAAAUACAGCAUAGAAGGAAACGUAAUCACAUACGUUAGACAUUUAUGCUUUUUAGAGAUUAGUUGGAUAAGAAAAAAAUUAAAUUGUGUACUGAUAUUAAAUACUUUUAAGCCAUUUAUUAAGACUAUUUAUAUAGAAAUGUGUGUUUGUGCAAUUGUUGUGAAAAUUUGAGAUAAUGAGGCGGGUUGUGCAAUUCAUUUUCGAGUGAAUUUCUACCGAAUUCGCUUUGCAUUCAAAUUGAGCUUUGUUGAAAUUCACUCACUCGGAAGUGAAUUGCAGCACCUGCCUGAAUAUAUUAUUACACUUAUUUUGAAAUUAUGA